AUGCAGAACGUGACUAAUGUUUCAGUCAAUGGCACUUCUAACAAAAGUCUUUCUGUCAUCAUCAGGGUGUGUGUGGUUGUUCCCUUGUUUUGUAUCUUCUUUUUCUGCAUUGUUGUUAUGCUGCACAUCUUUGCAUCUCACAGACAGUUCCUAGACACCUCCCGUUACAUCCUAUUUGUCUCCAUGAUGAUCAAUGAUACUCUGCAGGUCAUGUUCUCUGUGCUUCUCUUUCUCUUGGUUAUGGCUCAGGUUAGAUUUGCUCUUGGUCUGUGUUUUCCUCUAUUGUUCAUUUCCACGGCCACUUUUAAGAACACUCCCUUCAUCCUGGCUACCAUGUCACUGGAGCGUUACGUUGCCAUCUUCUAUCCCAUGCAACGUCCGGCUGCCUGGUGCUCAGACCGGAUCUGGAUCAUUAUUCUGGUCUUGUGGCUCCUCAGCUGUAUGUUUCCUAUCAUUGAGUACUCUAUAGGGCAACGUGAUCCUGCUGUGAAUACUUUUUUUACCCCUGUGCUUUGCCAGUCUACCACAGUUAAUUCAUCUCCAAUUCAGGCUUUGUUCAGAACUGCUGUAAACGUGCUCUCCUUUUCAAUAGUUGCCAUCAUCAUCAUCUUGACAUAUGUGAGAAUCCUCCUGGAAACUCAGAAGAUGAAACAGGAAAAGAGGACUGUGAGUAAAGCUACACACACUGUGCUGCUACAUGGCUUUCAGCUGCUGCUUUGCAUGUUGGCCUUCACUAUGCCCAUCACUGAAACACUUAUAGUUAUAAUGGUUGACUGGUUACCAGAGUACAUUGCCUUUUUUAAUUACUUCUGUUUUGCCCUAAUGCCACGUUUCCUUAGUCCACUCAUUUAUGGCUUUAGAGACCAGAGUCUCAGGACCUACAUUGGUAAAACAUUUAUUUUUUGCCCACACAAAAUUGAAUCUAGUGAUAGAGGUCAACUUAAAGAGAAAUGUCAAGUGUAA